ACAGCGCUGCCUCGCCCAGUUCGCCUGCCUCGGGGAGUGGGUCCGCUGGGCAGAGGGUGCCCUGGGCAGGGGUCGCCCGCGCUGAAACCUCUAGUUCCUCCUGGGCAGGAGGCGCCCCGUCCUCCUCCCAACCAGCGUAGCGCACCCAGGACACGGCGCCGGGACGCGCGCCUCGGACGUCGACCAGAGGUCCUCGACUCCCGCGUGGGAUCCCUCUUCUCCGCCCAGCCCAACUUUUUUGGGGAGGUGGCAGACGGCAGUGUACAGGGGGGAAAAAGAAUAUGUGUUUUGCUACGAGAAGAUGGUUCUAUCUACAGCUGGGCUGCGUGAUGCUGAUCAAUCUGGUUAAUGCUGACUUUGAGUUUCAAAAGGGAGUGCUUGCCAGCAUCAGCCCAGGAAUCACCGAAGACAUUGAUCUCCAGUGCUGGAAAGCUUGCUCUUUGACAUUGAUAGAUCUCAAGGAACUCAAGAUGGAGCACAACGUGGAUGCUUUUUGGAAUUUCAUGUUGUUCUUGCAAAAAUCUCAGCGGCCUGGACAUUAUAAUGUCUUCUUAAACAUAGCUCAGGAUUUCUGGGACAUGUAUGUAGACUGCUUGCUUUCAAGAUCUCAUGGAAUGGGCAGAAGACAGGUGAUGCCCCCCAAAUAUAAUUUUCCACAGAAAAUAACAGGAGGUAAUUUAAAUGUGUAUUUAAGAGAAUAG